CGCAUAAAGUUUUGUCAAACAAACAUCGUGACGUCACACUGUCAUGGCGGCGAGCGGCUCGGCUGUGUCGGUUUUAACUCCGAAUGGAAGAAGACAGACUGUCAAAGUGUCUGCAAACACACCUUUAUUACAGGUUCUUGAGGAUGUGUGUAAGAAACACGGCUUUAAUCCAGAAGAACACGGACUCAAGUUUCAGAGGAUCGUUCUAGAUUUGUCUCUGCAGUGGCGUUUUGCCAGUCUGCCGAAUAAUGCCAAGCUGGAGAUGGUGGUGUGUUCUCGGCCGCAGACGGGAGCUGAGAGCGCGGUGCGGAUCGCGCUGCAGAUGGAGGACGGCUCUCGUCUUCAAGGCUCUUUCUCGAGUGGACAGUCGUUAUGGGAUCUACUGACACACUUUCCUCAGACCAGGACGCCUGAUCUGGACGCGUCUGGACCCACACCAGUGUGUGUUUACAUGCGAGACGAGGUCAGCGGUGAGGAUGCGCUGAAGAAGACGACUCUGAAGUCUCUGGGUCUCACCGGAGGAAGUGCUAUCAUACGUUAUGUGCUGAAAGGCUCUGGCUCCUCGUGUCCUGGUGUAUCUGUGGAUGCGGUCGCUAUGCCAACGGAUGCUGUUGCCAAGACAACCGUAUCACAGCCGCCUCCAGAACCACCCGAGAAGCCCGCCCCUGUUCCCAUGAAAACCCCGGCUCCUCCCACUGAGGUCGCGGCGCUGCUGAACCAUCAUCCUGUCAAACAGGAAGAGGAGGAGCCGAAGGCGAGCCAGGAGCAGGCAGUGCGGCCCAAAUCUGACCAGCCGCCGUCCAAACUAAUGCCACAAGAGGACGACGAGCGACCCGGGACGUCACAACAGUGCCAUGGCUCCGCCCCCUCAGCCACGCCCACUAACUUUGUGCCAUUUUCGGGAAGCGGACAGCGUCUGGGAGGAACUGCUGGACUGAAGAUGUCCACGUCAUGGUCCUCAUGUGUGUCCGGCAGCCCACCGAAAGCCAAGAAACCCAAACCCAGCCGUGAGAUCAAGAGAUCAGUCAGCGCCAAACAAGCGACGAGGGACGAAGAGGAAACAGACAAAUAUCUGGAGCCGGUUGACAGGGAACCGCUGGUCUUCCAUCUGGACUCCGGAGCCCGUCGACAUGAUGACGCAGAGCUUCCUGACGAGUUUUUUGAGGUCACCAUGGACGACGUUCGGAAGAGAUUCGCGCAGCUGAAGAGCGUGAGGUGAGAAUGUACAACACAUUUGAUAGAACGAGAGUGUGUGAUUGA